UAAGUUUGGAAUUGAAAAAUAAAAUUGGGCAAAAUGCAGAGCUCAUCCGUGACGCCAGAAAGACUAUGAAGCGUGUCAACCCAUUACAUGCUUAGGCUAUUAUCUUAUGCUACCGAGAGAAACCAGUAGUUGCUGCAACCGAAAGUUUAUAUUGACCAAAGAGAAGAGACGGUUUAGUAACAAGCUGCUUCUUGUGAUAAAUAACCUCCAUUCAAUUGGCUGUUAGAGGGCGAAAAUGGACGCAUUACAGUCUCACAGAGUGGAGAUGCUGAGCAUAGCGGUGGCUCUUGUUGCCAUUGGAGCUGGUACAGCUUACUAUUUCUAUGUCACCAGGACCAAGAAACCUAAAGGGUGCUUGGAUCCUGAAAACUUCAAAGAAUUUAAACUUGUUAAACGUAUCCAACUCAGUCAUAAUGUUGCUAAGUUCACAUUUGCCCUUCCGACACCAGCUUCAGUGUUAGGGCUUCCAAUUGGACAACAUAUGAGCUGCAGAGGAAAGGAUAGUCUUGGUGAAGAAGUUAUCAAAGCAUACACUCCGACAACUUUGGACUCAGAUCUUGGACACUUUGAAUUGGUUAUAAAGAUGUAUCCACAAGGAAGAAUGUCUCACCAUUUCCGUGAGAUGCGUGAAGGUGAUUACCUUGCUGUGAAAGGACCCAAGGGACGCUUCAAGUAUCAACCAGGACAAGUUAGAGCUUUCGGGAUGCUUGCUGGAGGCACUGGCAUUACUCCAAUGUUCCAAGUUGCUAGAGCCAUCCUAGAAAAUCCUAUUGACACAACCAAUAUACGUCUUAUCUAUGCCAACGUAACAUUUGAGGAUAUUCUUUUGAAGGAAGAGUUAGAUAAUCUAGCAGCUAGUUUUCCUGACCGCAUCAGUGUCUACUAUGUUUUGAAUAAGCCACCUGAAGAAUGGAAUGGCGGUGUUGGGUUCGUCUCGAAGGAAAUUAUUCAAAGCAACUGCCCAGCUCCAGCAUCUGAUAUCCAGAUAUUGAGGUGUGGUCCACCGCCAAUGAACAAAGCUAUGGCCGCCCAUCUGAAUGAUCUUGGAUACGCUCCCAAAAUGCAGUUCCAGUUUUAAAGCUCGCAACAUUACACUUAUUCGCAGCUAGCAUGGGCAUGAUUUUUGUUCAAGUUAUGAAGCAUUGACAGUGCAGUUUGGCAUUCUUGAUGUCGCCCAUGAGGUCCAGAAAUUAUAAUUCAAACUAUUGGACUCAAUUAAUUUUUGAUGUAGCAUAAGAUAUAGAAUAAAUCCAGGUAAUUGAUUUCAAUUAAAGGUGAUCAUAAAAUGACUCUUGGGCUACC